AGAGGACAAGUCACGGACUUGAGCUCUGCAGGAACUGCGUCUUUGGGCUGGAAAACUGAACUCUUCUCAUUUUUCUUUUUGUUAGGAAAGAUGUUGAUGAGUCAGAAGUUCAUCAGCAGUUUUUUUUGCCCGUGAAGCUUCUCUUAUCCUGACCAAUGGGAUUUGGAUGAAAAGGUGAAAAUUGGUUUCUGGAGAUCAGUGAUAAACAUACGCUAAUCCCUGACACUGACGGAUUGAUGUGAGGGAUAUACAUUUAUUUUAAUUUGAAAUCAAUCUGCAAGAAAACCGACUUCAUCUUAAAGAAUGCUUGCAGUGUGGAUAUUUCUCCUGCUUAUCGAGGAAGGAUUUGCUCUGGCACAACAGAAUAAAGAUGGAGCUGCAGGAUCAAAAGGGGUUAGACCGUCUCAAAGGCCGCCACGUUCCUAUCACUGUGGAAACUGGCUACGAACCACAGAAGGUGGUUCCUUCAACUCCCCAAACUACCCUAAAACAUACCCACCCAACAAGGAGUGUCUGUACGUACUUGAAGCCCUGCCCCGCCAGAGGAUAGAACUGCUGUUUGAUCCGACCUUCUAUAUCGAAGCAUCAUUUGAGUGUCGUUUCGACCACAUCGAGGUGAGGGAUGGACCCUUCAGCUUCUCGCCAAUCAUCAACCGCUUCUGUGGCUCAGCCAGUCCCGGGCGUGUGCUUUCUAGCGGACGCUUUAUGUGGAUCCGCUUCUUCAGUGAUGAAGAGCUGGAGGGGAGUGGCUUCCGGGUCGAGUACACCUUUACUGCAGAUCCUGAAUUUCAUCUGCAUGUGGGAGGACUCUUAAACCCAAUUCCAGACUGUCAGUUUGAACUGUCAGGGGCUGACGGCAUGAUUCGAUCCAGUCAGGUGGAUGAGGAAUAUAAAGUGAAGGCAGACCAGGCAGUGGACUGCAUCUGGACUAUACGAGCCCCAACAAACAACAGGAUUUACCUGCGAUUCUUGGAAUACCAGAUGGAAAACUCAAAUGAAUGUAAGAAGAACUUUGUGGCUGUUUAUGAUGGCAGUAAUGCAAUUGAGGACCUAAAGGCUAAGUUUUGUAGUACAGUAGCUAAUGACAUCAUGCUGGACACUGGUAUUGGAGUAGUGAGGAUGUGGGCUGACGAGACAAGCCGUCUCAGCCGCUUCAGGAUGCUGUUCACUUCAUUUGCAGACCCGCCCUGUUUAGGCAGUGCAUUCUUCUGCCACAGUAACAUGUGCAUCAACACUUCUCUGGUGUGCAACGGCAUACAAAACUGUGUCUUUCCCUGGGAUGAAGGCAACUGCAAAGAGAAAAAGAGCAAAGGUGUUUUUCACCACAUCACAAAGACUCAUGGGACAGUAAUCUGCGUGUCUACGGGAGUGGUGCUCCUGCUCCUCAUCAUCUCAAUUCUGGUGCAAGUCAAACAGCCACGUAAGAAGGUCUUGAUACGUAAGAAUAACCUUUUCCACCGGGGUGACUUCCAGGAGGAGUUUGACCCUCCACAUUACGAACUCUUUACUCUCAGAGACAAGGAGAUGUCUGGGGACCUUGGAGAACUAUCAGAGGAACUUCAGUCCUUGCAGGCGCUCAGGAGAUCCUCAUCAGGCUCACGCUGCAUUCACGAACACCACUGUGGCUCUCAGGUUUCGGUCAACUCCAUCAAAGGCAGCCAAGGUGCACUUGGCCUUCGUAGGGGAUCCAUGGAACUUCCUCCUUUACGAGAGGACUUCCAAAAUUCUUUACCUCCCUUCAGGGACUUGAACAGCAGUAUGCGGAAGAAGAGCUGGCCUAGUAUGAAACCAGCCCGAAUGCAGGGCCAUCAAGGAAUAGGGCGAAGAGGGCUGGGGCGGCAGGAUAGAGUGAUGGAAGAGGAGGAAGAGGAGGAAGAAGAUGGAAGGUAUGAUGUGUAUGUACGCAGAGCAGGAAGCCGAAGAGGGAACUAUGAAAUGGCCCAGCAAAGAUCCUUGUCCAUGGACUUCUGAAAAGAAAAAAAAACAAGUGAUGCACAGUAAACACUGCAGCGCAACUUCAGUCAGUGCCACAUUUUUCGAACAGACAGAAAAUAAGAGACCUUUCCCCACAUUGAACAAUGCCUGGACACUAGACAUUAUUGUGCUAUUUGUCAUCUGUGUAAAAGUGAAGACAGAUGUUAAUGCUGUUUAUUCUUCUUUUGUCAAAUACAUUUCUAUGUAAAGCAAAUAUGAUACAUUUAGUUAAAAUAUGUUAUAAUUCAGUGUUAAGGUUAUAAAGAAUGGAUGCUAAAAUCACCUCCCUUUUUAUUUAAUGUGUUGUUACCUGUAUUAAAGAAUAAAUAUCUACAUUUAUGCACCAUUGUUUUAGAAAAAAUGUACUGAUAUAGAGUCAGUUUUAACACCAGAUAUUAAGCUACAGACCAUCUUGGGAUAGGGAUCACAUCUUUGGCAAUGCUCUGACAUACAUUAGUGGGGUUGAAAUUUCUCCUUCUCCACUUCCUAUCCCUCCAAUUCCUUCACCCUUGCUUGGACCACACCAUUUACAACCAUGCCCUCUACAUAUUUAAAGUUUUGUGACUGAAUCUUGAACAUUUGGGACACUAUCGCAGUGACAAAAUCUGUCCACAGAAAAGAAAAACCUGGUAAUGUACUCAAAACUGCCUCCGUGGGAGUUCUUGCUACAGUCGGUCAAGUGUCUCCAGGAGAACAUUUUUCAAUGAUCAUUAACACACAGAGACUUGAGGUGAAAACAAUACCAUACACAUUCAGUCACGGUUGGCAAACAUGCUGCCCUUCCUGGUUACCACCAGCAGUCUGUCAGCUGUGUUGCUUACAGGAGGCAGGUGUAAUUUGAGGCGGGAUUUUUCUAAUGGUGUCACACAACUGUGCAGUUUGGAACUCCCCUCAUAAAGUACAUUGUCAGAGUAUGAUGUUUAAUAACAUGAUUACAUGACCGAAUAACAUCAAACUCGUUGCUGCUUAUCCUUAAAUGUUUAACUUAACACUGAAUAUAACUGAUGUUUUUUAACCUGCCGUUUGGGAAGGAUAACUACAUGUCAGUAAUGUUAUCUUUUCGUCUGAUGAAGAGCGG